UUUAAUUUAGAUAAUUCAAUAAAUUAAUGGCUGACGAUAUUAAUGAAGAUAUUGAUCAAGACGAGGAGAUGGAUUAUAGUGACGACCAGGAUGAUAGGGAAAUGUUAAAUCGACUUAAACUUGAGCUUGUAAAAAAAGUUGUUCAAAGUGUCAUGUCCAGCUGUACUAAACGUGGUUAUUGCAGAGAUGGGGACAUUGCCGAUGUGUUUUCCGGUAGAAAAGAGCGCAGAUUGAAGGAUAAAGUUUUAAAAAUAGUUAAAGAAGAAUUUAUGAAUGUUUUUGGAAUGAAGUUAAAACGCGAUGAUGAUAGUAAACGAUAUUAUCUCUAUAAUGGACUUGGAAGCAAUCUUGCAAUGAACGUUUCUCAAUGGUACGAUAAAAGAUGUGGGCCUCUUUCCAAAUCCUUGGCCUCAGAAGUGCGCAGUUUAAACAGUAAUAGUACAAACAAUAAUGCUUCUGAUGAUGAGGAUCAAGAAAGUGAAAAAUUAGUGGAAAAUAGAGACUUUAAACGCUGGUUGCUUACCUCAACUUUAAUGUUUAUUUUUAUGUCAAAACGGCAUCAAAGCAAAGGCAAUGCGAACGAAAAAGGAAUUGAUUUUUUGUUGAUUAAAGAAUUUUUGAAUAAAAUGUUUGACAAAUUUAACACUGAACACUUGACAGAAAAACAAUAUAUGAAUAUUUUAGGCCCGGCAAAAUCGGCAGAAUUUAUUUCACAGGGUUGGCUUAAAUGUAAUAUACAAUUUGAUCAAGCAUCAGGAGUAGACGACAUUUUUUAUCAUUGGGGACCACGUGCAGAAACGGUUGUUAGCAAAAAGGAAAUACUCGAAGAAUUCGUAAGGAUUUAUGGUGGAACAAUUAAUGAUUGGCCUAAUCAUGCGAAAGCAGCUGGCGUUAGAAUUGAAAAGAAUUAAAUUUUGUAUAUUUUCUACUUUUUUGCUUCAAGUAUUUUGUUUAACCUAGAAAAUUACCCUCUUUUAAGUAUAUAUUAGUCACGAUUCUCUUCGAAAUAUUUUUAAUGUUGCUAUGCUUUAAGGUUGUUGGGACCCGUUUUAUUAAGCUGUUACCUUCGGAUUUUCGGUCAUUCCAAAAUUUUAAAAACUCAAUUCUCGGUUUUAUUCUUUCAGUAAACUAUCGGCUUUGUUUUGGGGAAUUAAAAAAAAUCCGCUCAUUUUCAAGAAUUUUUCGAUUUUAAAACAGGUCUCCAAAAACUCUGUUUACUACUUUUAAUAAGCGGGAUAAAAUGUCAUUUGUACAGAAAAAUUUUUUAUUUGCUUAAAAUAAAUUAAAAAAGGAAAGGAGACAUAUUGAGACGGACAUAUCGAAUAAAAAAUGUAUUAUCCAAGACUCAGUGGCCGUAUGUCCAAAAGGCAAUAGAGUAGCUGUUCGUACAUUAAGAUAAAACCCGUAUUUUUUUCAACACUAAACCCGAUCCGAGGAUUUUUUUAAGACCUGACCCGUUUUUAUCAACCCGAGAUAAUUCUCGAUAUGUCUGGCUCCCUUAGAAAAUACUGACAUGAGAUUUUUCGGCUGUAGUGUAGUGUACCGGUGGUAAAAGUUCAGGAUGUGACAUAUGU